UCCGGUGCUCACGGACAGAGCCGGAGUGGCGUAGGAGCCACUGCCGCCGAGCGGUCGCGCGGGCCAGCAGUAAAGACGACGUGAACGAUGGCGGAAAUCAUUGACAUAAGACGUGGAUGUCGCGCGUGAAUUAAGCGCUCCGUUGUCACUGCCGUACGCUUAUCUGUAGCGUGUCGUCCAUGUCUGUGCUUGUCCAAUAGUGUCAGAUCUCAUUGCGUGUCGACGUGAUUGUUGAGUACUUAGCUAUCGUGUGUCAGUACAACUUCGACCUUGUCUCGGUAGGCGACGGGCUAAAGUGGUCGUAGCUCUAUAUACUAAGGGAUUUUUUGUCCGAUUAUUCUUUGUCUCUUACCGAUAACUCUUAUAACCAUCACUACUGCUGCUUGUGCAGGAUGGGAAGCAACAAACCCUCGGAAAGAUGAGAUGCGGGCUACUGGUUCAGCUCAACGUUGACGCACCGCAUACUACGCCAAUUUGAUAAAAAAAAAUAUUACUAAAUGUUUGAUUUUCAAUCGAUGCGCGAUAUUGUGCGGAUAAACGUUGACGCCAGGUGUCUGGCAGCGGUACUUGAGUCGUAAUGACCUUUCAAAGGCACUGUGAACUACGCCAUCAUCUACGAUGUGCUACUUCGCUGCUCGUCGACUUGAGAUUCGUACCUUUCGUUAUUGUUUUCCUAUCAUCUCUCGCGCGAGUUCGAGCCUCAUGUGGCAGGACAACAGUGCCCUCAGAUCGCGAGGCCCGCGUCGUAGGCGGGGCCGACGCCCAACCAGGAGAAUUUCCCUGGAUGGUUUCUCUUCGAGUUCGAGGAGAUCAUUUCUGUGGAGCAACUAUAGUGCAUCCCAAAUUCGUCAUCACGGCAGCUCAUUGUGUGCAGGGCCGAAACCCACGCCUUUUUACAGCGAGGGUCGGUGAGUAUAACAUGGCUGAGACGUCUCUUGUUGAAGAAGAAUACAAGGUUAACAGGAUCUACGUCCAUCCAAACUAUUCACAUCCCAAACGGUACAAUAACGAUAUCGCGCUUGUGAGGUUAAAUAAUAACAUCACCUUUAGUGACCAGGUCCAGCCCAUUUGUUUGCCCAACGACCCUCAGGACGAACGGCUGGGUCGGAAUGCAUCUGUUGCUGGAUGGGGCAACCUCAAAGAUAUUGAGACCAUCACAGGACAAGACAUCUUUAACAAGCUUCGGCCUAACAUUCUGCAAAAAGUUGAUCUUCCUCUAGUCAACAACAGCAUUUGCAACCUGUGGUAUAAGCAGGCCGGCAAAAAGAUACGUCUGAUCUCGUCACAGAUCUGUGCUGGCUACGCCGACGGAAACCUAGACGCGUGUCAAGGCGAUUCAGGUGGACCACUGAUGGUACAGACGGACAGUCGAUUCAAACUCGUUGGCGUCGUUUCGGCCGGCUUUGGAUGUGCUCGGCCGCUUCUGCCGGGUCUGUACACGAGAGUGAGCUAUUAUCUCGGUUGGAUAGAAGAAAUCAUCACAUCGGCGGAUAGUUCGGAUAGGAAGGAUGUUUCGUAGUCGCUUCUUCGUAGACGCGCAAAAAAAUUUCUUUUAGCUUUAUUGUACACCGCAUCGCUGCUAAUGGAGUUGCAAUAUUGCCGGAACUUUUUGUAUUUUCUAUCUAUACGGUUCUGUAGAAUUUCGAAAUUUUACGUCGUCAUGUGACAUUUUAUUCAUUCAUUCAUUGAUAUUUCUCCGCACUGAACCUUCAACAGUGAAUACCUUUUCGUAAUAUGGAAAAAAAAGUAGGACCUGUUUACAAAUGUUAGCGUUGGCAGUAUGUUAUGAUGAUUGCAUUAUUGUGUAACAUAGAGUACAGAAAACCAACUUGUUUUUGUGGGACCCUCGUAUUGAAUCUCACUGUUAUGAGUGCUUUGUUUAUUGAUACAUAGUGUUUACUAUUAUUAUUUGCAGCAGUAGUUUUUUUAUCGCACUAAGCUAUUCAUGUAGAACAUCUACAGGGAGCAGGUCAGAUCGGCUGAAAUAUUAAGGUUUCGGUGCACUUCACAAUGUUCGAAGUUUGAAGUUUUCGUUAAUAAUCGAUGCUGCGAUAUUAUACCACCUAAAAAUUUAUCCGGAUAAUGACAGGUUUGAAAAUAUGCCUGCGCUUCAUUUAUCAAUGGUUACGUAUUUUCUAGUCAGUUAAUGAUUGCUUAAUUUUAACCGUUAACUACAAAAAAACCCAGUUUUAUCAUGCAGCUUCUAGUGUUCCAGAGAUUUACAUCGUAAACGCAUCGCUACCUACACAAUGGUACAUUAUGUCUGACUACUAGAUAAAUCGUUAUAUGAUUGAUAUAUGAUGAAAACUCUGCUUUAAUUAUUUCUAGAAGGUAUGAGGUAAUAAACUUAA